GUAGAGAAAGCGAGGGAGGGAGACGGGGAGAACGGGAGAGAAAGAGCGGGAGAGGUGAAGGGCGAAAGAGGGAAGGGACGAGUGAGGAAGAGAGCAAGCGAGGGUUUGAAAGAUAGAGCCGAAGGAGAGGGACAGUAGCGGAGAAAUGAUAUUUCUUGGCUAUGGAGGGCGGAAUGGGACAUACGAUUUGAGUUUUUGAGGGCUGUUUCUCUGAGUUCGGGUGUGAAUGGCUAGGGAUGGAGUAUUGAGCUCAGAUUGUGGAGAAAUUUCAGUGCUCUAAUUUUUCAGAUGGGGCUGAAGCAGUUCGGUUCCUUUUUGGGCCGUAAUUAGAGUUAAUUUUAAAAUGAAAAGAAAAGAGCUUUUAUGGUCUUGUAUGAGCUGGAUUAAAAGAAAGUGAAUUUAGGAAGAUAUAGCAGCUAGUUGAAGGGUUCGUUGUUGGUGAGGCUGCUGAACGUAUAAGGGAUUGGAUUAAGACCUCUAAUUGAGGUUGUUAAAAGCAGGAGAGAAAGAAUAAGGAGUCUUGUAGGUAGGAAAGAUGAAAAAGUAUGGAUUGCAACUUAGGGCUCCGGCGCAGCCGAAGAAGACACAAACUGCCUCCAUCCGCCCCCUUCCAUCACUAUUUCGAGAUGAUGACGAUGACGAUGAUGUUGAGAAAGAGAUUGCUCGCCAAGCCUCCAAGCAAAAGUCUCUUCGUGAUGUUGAAGCGCAGCAUAAGAAAGCUUUAGAGGAGGAUCCAACAGUUUUUGACUAUGAUGGGGUCUAUGAUGAAAUGAAGGAAAAGAUAGCCCGCCCAAUUAUGCAAGAUCGACAGAAAAGAGAGGUAAAGUAUGUGCAUUCGCUGAUGAAAACAGCCAAAAUACGAGAGAAAGAACAGGACAUAGUCUAUGAAAGGAAACUUCUGAAGGAGAGAAGCAAGGAAGAUCACUUGUAUGAAGACAAAGAGAAGUUUGUCACAAGUGCCUAUAAGAAGAAACUUGCUGAACAGGCAAAAUGGUUGGAGGAGGAGCGUUUACGGGAACUUCGUGAGCAAAAAGAUGAUGUAACCAAGAAAGACAUUACUGAUUUCUACUUCAACCUAAGCAAGAACGUGGCUUUUGGUGCACAAGCAACUCAAUCUGACCGCAUGCCUCUAGGAAAACCUCAAGAAAUGGCUGCUGGAGGUAACAAGAUUCUCUUUUCAGGGGAUGUUGAGGCUGGUGCUCAGCCUGCGGUUGCUUCUGUCCAGAAGGAUGUUAAAGAUGAAACUGAAAAGCCUCUUUCCCCCCAGCGUGAUGGAUCUGCGGGUGUCAGAUUGCUUCCUGAUGUUUCUACAACAUCCAAAAUUGUCAAUGCUGAACAUGCAUCUGCCAGUGAAACAGUUGUGCAUCCACAUCAUAAAAGGAGCAAUGAUGCCUUAGCUGCUGCUAAAGAGCGAUAUAUGGCAAGAAAGAGAACCAAAGAGCAGUAACAUUGGGAUUCUUUAUGUAAGCAUCCCACCGGUUUAUCCUGCCAUUGCUGAUGAUCUCGAUUUUGUUCUAAAUCGAUUAACACCUCAGGCAAGUAUUAUGAUCGUUCAUAAUUUUAAGUAAACAGCCACCAUCGAGUUUACUUGGAUGAUAAACAGAGAAAACGAGUCACCCUUCUGUUGUCAAAGGAUACAAGUUCACUUUGUUGCUCCGCUUAACGCCAGCAAUCUCUUUGUGAUAUCUUGGAUACAUAGCUUUCAUUUGUAAACUGUUUCAUAUCUUGGAGAAGCUGAUAAAGCUACCUAUACGUGGGAACAUGAGCGGUGUCGAGUUGAAGAUCAAUUCCUCAGACAAGGUUGUGUUGCCGAUUUUUCUCUUUCUCUUGGUGUUAUUGUAAGUUUGAGGGCCAGGGCCCACCACAAAGAAAAAAAAAAAAAGGAUUCCUUGGUACCAGUGUUCGAUAUUAUUAUUACUAUUGUUGUUUCUGUUAUUAUUAUUAUUGUUAUUACUAUUAUAAUUAA